AUGAUUCGAUUUGAUUUAAUUUAUAAUUCUACAAAAAUAUCGAUACAGAGAGAGGAUAAUCAAGAUAAAUCGGAUAAUAGUGUUGCUCCUUGUAUACUUAAACCUAUUCCGAUAGGAGUUGCUUUAUUGGUAAUUCCUCUAACAAAUAUUACAAGUGACCGAAUUUAUGCCUGUAACUCAUUUUCUGAUUUAUUAUUAAGCAAUAAAUGGAUAACACAGGAUUUGGUCUUUCCUGAUAAUUUUCAAAAUGAUGAGGAUAAGGGAGCAAAAAUUUUACCUAAUGGAACUUAUUUAAUCCCACAAAACGAUUCAUCAAUGCAACCCACAAAACGAACAUUUCCAUUAACUAAAAA